GCGGCCUACCUGCGCGCGCUGCCGAAUAAUCCUUCAGUUCAUUCAUCAGCACGCACGGCGGCGGGUGACGUCACGGACCCCACCUCUUCACACGCGACCUGUGGAGCGCAACACAUCAGCAGCUCGCGCUCAAGCUUCAGCGGCGGUUCUGCUGCGCGCGCAGCUCGUGUCGGGUUUAUUGUUCUAUAGGAUGCGACUGUAGAAGAAGAAGAAGGGCUUUAAGGUUCCUCUGGGAAUAAUUUGGACUUAUUCGAGAGAAUUCGAUAUAAAGUUGAACCGAAGUAGGGUUCUCCCCUCUCCAGUUGGCUACUUUUAUUUUUCCUCCCCUAAAAGAAACUAACAAGUGGCCGAAAUGUCUCGAGACCCGGACGACGUGAACAAGCUCACUGAAAGCACUUAUAAGAAUGUGAUGGAGCAGUUCAACCCAGGACUGCGCAACCUUGUAAACCUGGGGAAGAACUAUGAGAAAUCAGUAACGGCAAUGACGGCUGCUGGAAAGGCAUAUUUUGAUGCCGUCUCAAAGAUCGGAGAGAAUGCUGCUGUGUCACCAGUCUCCAGAGAGCUGGGGGUGGUCCUGGUGGAGAUUUCUGAAAUGCACAAGAAGGUUCAGGUGGAGUUGGAACAGUCGUUCAAAAGGUUCCAGAGAGAACUCAUUGCAGAACUGGAGAAGAAAACUGAUAUGGAUGUCAAAUACAUGAAUGCUACAUUCAAAAGAUACCAGACAGAACAUAAAAUGAGGCAAGACUCACUGCAGAAAACACACACCGCUCUGAAUAAAUUGCGCCGAAAAACCCCGGGAAAGCAUUCCAACAAGUAUGACCUCAAGCAAAAUGAGUAUCUGGAGACGAUUUCUUCGCGGCAAGUGGACAUGCAGAAUUUCAUAGCCGAUGGCUGCAGGGAGGCCCUACUGGAGGAGAAGAGGAGGUUCUGCUUCCUGGUGGACAAACACUGUACCUUCUCCUAUCAGAUGGCAGAGUUUCAUGACAAAGCGAAGGAGAUUCUCUCUCUGAAGCUGCCCAGUUGGCAAAGCAAGUGCAAUGAUGCCCUCCAGGUGCCAGACACUAUAAUAUCCAUGAUCGAGGGCAUGCGCACCCCGACUGCCAACACUCCCAAGUCUUCACCUCGCAUGGAACACUUUGACAGGAAUACAGAUUCCAUGGUUCCUCCGCCAGCCCCACCGCAGAAGGCUCAGACCAGUCCAUUGGUAAACAUGUUCUCGCAGGAGAUCCCCAGAAGCCCUUUGUCUCCAGAGCCUUACUCAGACCAAGACAGUCUUGAUGGCAAUGGCAUGCCCGGAUCCAUGUCCAGUGACUUUAUAAAGAAGCCACGAGUGCAGACCAUUUUCCCCCACACAGCUGGCAACAAUGAGUCCCUGUUGAGCUUUGACGAUGGAGAAAUCAUCACUUUAAUGAUUCAGGAAGAGAAGGACGGCUGGCUGUAUGGGGAACUGGAGAAAAAUGGACAGAGAGGCUGGUUUCCAUCAUCGUAUUGCCGACCUUUCGGUGAGCCUGUGAUCACAAACCUUAUGAAUGUGGCAGAUCUCUCUAAGCAGUCUGAAGAAGAGGAGGAGGAGGAGGAGGAGGAAGAGCAGCCUGUGUUUCUGCCUCCUCCUGACUAUGGUGACUCAUCCAGGAAGCCCUCCACCUCCUCACCACAGAACACGGCAUCGUUGUCAAAUGGCACAUCGGCGCCUCCAUUCCUUGGAGGUGGGAAUCCCUUUGCCACGGUCAGGCUGCGGCCCACAGUUACAAACGACAGAUCGGCGCCAAUCAUCUAACGCUGUUCAGCAUGAGCCUUGACAUUCAUUUGGGCCUCGUUUUCAUUUUGGUUCUUGAUGUACAGCUGUUUAGGCUGCAGUUUUGAAAUUAAAAGGGCUUAAUCAUAAAUACUUUAAACCAUUUAUUUGCACAAGCCCAAGCGAACAUGUGAAAUUGCAUGGAUUUUAAUUAUUGAUUAGUUGAUUUUACAUUUAAUAUAGGCUCAACUGAAUUCCUCUUGACAAAAGCCAGAAGUGUUUUCUUAUAUCCUGUCAAUAGAACACAUUGUUUGACCAUAUUGGUCUUUGUAGCUGUUAAACCGUGACAGUUCUUAGUAUAUCUGUCUAGCCUUAUUUGUUAGAAGUCACAGCUUGAUCAAGUUAAAUAUGUAAACUGCAGAUAUCACGAUUUAUGUAGAAUGCUAGAUGAAUAUACAAUAUUCUGUAUGGUAUGCAGUAACAUCGGUUCUUGUUAACGUUGUUGUCUAAAAACUACACAUUUUCUAACGUGUUGAGUGUUUUUUUUCAUGUUUGGAACGAGGUAACUAUAAAAGCACAUUUAUGUACCAAGGUGGUUUAUUUCUCCCAGUUUAAAAGAGAAUCCUGCCUGGUGUUGACUGUGUACCAGGGAAAAUUACAGCGUAGCUCAAUAUACAAUGUAAAAACACGGGUUCUGUCUGAUGCCUAGUUAAACCAAUGUGCAUUUUUAUUUUUAAUCUGUCAUUUAUAUAGGGAAGUGUCCUAAUCAUUGUUGAAGAUAUUGUACGUGCUACUGUUUUAACAUGUAUGGGGUACCUUUUUAUUCUGUUGUAUCAUUGUGCUAUUUUCUGUCAAACCACUGGAAUAAAAGAUGCAGGUUUU